CCCAAAGAGCAGAGCGAGAAAUGGGGGCGGCCGUGGGCGGCGGCGGCCGCCGCGGUAAAGCAGCGCCGGCGGUAACUGGUGGCCUUCCCCACGCAGAAGAUGUUGGUGUACUUGUGGGGGUUCCUGUACAGCAACUACUUUCGGUUUUGGCUGAAGUGGAUCUGGAGGCUGCUGACGAGGAAGUGCGAGUUGCAGCGUAUCUUGGAGGGGUCGCAGGAAGGCGCGCGGAGGACCCUGAGCAUAGAACACUCCCUAGACUCAUCAAAGAAUAAGGUUUUAAGAAAUGCUGUAUAUGUUGAUGAAGCUGAAGUGGAGAAGUGUGUAAGAGAUGUAAUGAAAGAAAAGAAAAUUGAACAGAAGAAUACAGGAUUUAAGACAAAUCUGCAUAUAUGCUUGCUGCAGAUAUCAGGAUAUAAGAAACUGUAUUUGAAUGUGGAAAGUCUGAGAAAGGUCCCUUAUGAUUCAGAUAAUGAAGAACAUGAGGAACAGUUAAUUGAGCUUUGGAAUUUGCUGAUGCCUCAUGAGAAUCUGAAGGCCAGAAUCACCAAGCAGUGGUGUGACAUUGGCUUCCAAGGUGAUGAUCCCAAAACAGACUUCAGAGGAAUGGGCAUGCUGGGAUUAGUGAAUCUGGUGUAUUUUAGUAAACAUUAUACCAGUGAAGCUCGUCAGAUCCUUUCUCGUUCAAAUCACCCAAAGCUGGGAUACUCUUAUGCAAUAGUGGGAAUCAAUCUGACAGAAAUGGCAUACAGCUUGCUUAAGAGUGGUGCUCUAAAGUCUCAUCUGUACAACAUGGUUUCUGGAUUGCCACAAAUGGAACACUUCCAUCAGUUUUACUGUUAUCUAGUUUAUGAGUUUGACAAGUUCUGGUUUGAAGAAGAACCAGAAAGCAUUAUGCACUUCAAUCAGUACAGAGAGAAAUUCCAUGAAAAAAUUAAGGGACUUCUAUUGGAUUAUGAUGUCAUACUAACCUUAAAAAAUACAAGGAAACCUUAACCUCCUCAGCGGUCUGUCAGAUUCUGCAUCAAAAAUGGAAUUAUGCAUUUGGAUGGAAGUUUUCAUCAAAAAAUAUUUAAUAGUGGAACUUUUCUUUUUUUUUUUUUUUACAUCAAAAAAAGAUCAAAACUUCAAUUAAGAAAGCUUGGACAAUCAACCUCUGUUUACAGCUCUGUAUAUGCUAUUCUCCAAAGGACUGCCUUUUUUGUUUGUUUUUAAGCAUAACCCACAAGUCUAACAAUCCUCUGGGUCACUUGCUCUUACAAUUUCUUUUAUACUUCUUGGUACAGGAACAUGAAGCAGGUAUUUUAUGCUGCAUCAUGUUUUCCAUUAAUAGGUUUGACUGUUAAUUGUCUUUUAAAACUUUUAAGGUUGAAAGUACUCUGGUUUUACAUUUUUUCCAUCCUUCUCUUGUUCUCUGUGCGAAGUUGAUAGUCCAUAAGCCAACAUUAAAUUUCUAUGACGAUGAGGUCCAUGAAA